AUGGAUAUUGUUUUUUCGGUCGUGUGCAUGUGUUUAGAAGAUCUUCGUACAUGUACGGAUACAGAGUUAUUGUCUGAAGGUGGAAAAAUUAGAAAUGAGAGGAAGAUGAAGGCAGAAAAUUGUAGAAAAAGAGAGAUUAAAAACUCGAGCAAAGCCAGUAAUGGCGCCAUAGCUUCUGUACCUGAAGCCCAAACAGCCGAGCAAGCCCUGCCUGUAGGGCAAAUACGUCUUUUUCCUCAUCUCCUCCGCCUGCGCCCUUUUUGCGGCGUAGUGCGCCUCGUGCGCCGACAGCCCCUUCCUUUUACCCGCCCCAUCUUUUUCACCACUAAAUUUACCCUCUUUACCGUCACUUUACCCUGCGACGUCGUUUUCUUCUUGUUAUCCUUGAUGGGCGAGAAGGACAGUGAAACCCUGAACUUACUAUUUUGCCCCUCGCUCUUGCUCCUGUACAGAAACUCCUUGAGGAGGACCCACCGCCGCGACGAGGAUCGAGAUCCAGGCGGCAGAGGCAGCGGCGGCGCUCCGUCGCCGUCGGGGAUAGGCUCCCCGUCGUCGUUCGCCGUGCGUGGGGGCGACAUGGAUCUGGUCCUCCGGUGGAGGGAUCCGGCGCGUGGCUUCGCCUCACGGCCGCGGACGGAAGUCCCGCGCUCGUCCGCCACGUCGGAUUCGGCCAGGGGAGAGAGAGUCUGGGGCGGCCGCCGGAGGUGGGCGGAGAGACUGAUCGGGCGGAUCUGGCCGUUGCAGAAGAGCUCUUCGGCGGAGGUCAUGUGCUCCGUGGCGGGGAAGCCGAACUCGAACGGCGCGUCGGCAUAUUAA